UCGAGGAAGUAUGGAAGACCAAUCCGGUCAAGGGUAAAGAACAAGAAAAGUAAAAGUAUUCUAGGUUUUGUUUUUGUGGGAUCAAAAAACGCAAGGGAACAAAUUUGGAACAUCUUAUGGCUAGUACCGGCGAUAGAUCACCUCAAUCCCUUUAUUUGCAUUAUCAAGCAGCUCAUAACGAUUGUAACCCCAAUCCCCACUUUAGUUCUUGUAUUAGUUUGGUUAAGAGAGUCAAAUACUCGAUUUGUAGUCUUGAAUCUAUUGAGAGUUAGCCUCCUUUUUGGACCGUUGUUAAAAAAAAGAAAAAAAAAAAACGGAUCACGUGCCUUAGACAUGAUUAUAAAUCUAAAGAACAAAAUAAGGAAGAAAAUAAAACCAAAAGAAAAAUAAAAAUAAAAAAACCAAAAGAAAGAAAAUAAUAACGUUGAGAAAUUUUUGAAAAUGAAUCCCUCUCAACUUCAACCCCUCUUUUCCCUCUUCAAAUCAAAUCUCUUCUUCCAUCUCUCUUUCUCUCUCCUCUCUUCUCAAAUGAACCUCAACUCAAACUCCAAACACCAACAACCCUAAACAACCACCGCAACAACCACCUUCAACCGCCGCAACAACCUCCGACAAAUCAAAUGCAAGAACUCUUCGGAUCAGUUCGUCGAUCCUUAGUCUUCCGAACUUCAAAUUCUGCCUCCCCAACCACCGACACCGACGUCGGUUUCGGUGGUUUUGUCGAUAAAAUUGGCUCCUCAAUCCGUAAAUCACGCAUCGGAUUAUUCGCGACUAAGUCCCCAGUUAGAGCACUUCCGUAUUCUCCGGCGAAGGAGAAUAUGCCGCCGUCGAUUAAAGAUGAAGCUCCGCCUAUUCGAUGGCGGAAAGGGGAGUUGAUUGGUUGCGGCGCUUUUGGGAGGGUUUAUAUGGGGAUGAAUAUUGAUUCUGGUGAAUUACUUGCUGUUAAGCAGGUUUCAAUUGCUUCUGGUGGUGCUUCUAGAGAGAAAACUCAGGCUCACAUAAGGGAGCUGGAAGAGGAAGUGAAGCUGCUUAGGAAUCUAUCACAUACAAAUAUCGUUAGAUAUUUGGGGACUGCAAGAGAGGAGGAGGCUUUAAAUAUCUUAUUGGAAUUCGUUCCGGGUGGAUCCAUUUCCUCGCUUCUUGGCAAGUUUGGAUCAUUUCCGGAAUCUGUCAUAAGAAUGUACACUAAGCAGUUGCUACUGGGAUUAGAAUAUCUGCAUAAGAACGGCAUUAUGCAUAGGGAUAUUAAGGGUGCAAACAUUUUAGUUGACAAUAAAGGAUGUAUUAAACUUGCUGAUUUUGGUGCUUCCAAGAAAGUUGUUGAGCUGGCUACAAUGACCGGGGCGAAGUCAAUGAAGGGUACACCACAUUGGAUGGCACCUGAAGUUAUUCUUCAGACUGGACAUAACUUUUCUGCUGAUAUAUGGAGUGUCGGUUGUACGAUCAUUGAAAUGGCCACAGGAAAGCCUCCAUGGUGCCAGUAUCAGGAGGUGCAAGCUUUGUUCCAUAUUGGGACCACUAAGUCUCAUCCUCCCAUCCCCGAACACCUUUCAGCCGAUGCAAAGGAUUUUUUGAUUAAGUGCUUACAAAAGGAACCAUACUUAAGGGCAUCUGCUUCAGAACUUCUACAGCAUCCAUUUGUCACUGGAGAAUAUCGGGAAUCUCAACCUGGUUUUCGUCGUUCAGUCAUGGAAAAUAGUGGAAACCAAACCGCAACUACACCAAUAGAUCAGAAGAGCAUCAGAAGUAAUGUAAUGAGGUCAAUAAGCGGAGGUCUAAAAGAUAUUUGCAAUAUGGGUAGUGUGAGGUGCUCAACGGUUUACCCUGACAAAUUCUCAGGUACAAGUCCUCUAUGGGGCACAAACACUAGUGAUGAUGACAUGUGUAUAAUAGAUGAUAAAGAUGACUUUGCAGUAUGCCCAUCAGCACAAUCAAACCCUACAAUGCUUGCAGAUGACUUCAGUAAGAGUUUCAAUCCUAUGUGCGAGCCAAAUGAUGAUUGGCCAUGUAAAUUUGAUGAUAGUCCUGAGGUUGGAAGAAGCAACAUUGACUUGUUUCCUAGGGAAGACUGUGGAACUGCUGAAGCAUCUUGCAAUGUAGGAACUGAGUUUACAUUCCCUAGUGAAGCUUUAGGUGAUGAUGAUGAAGAAGUUACUGAAUCAAAGAUUCAGGCAUUCCUGAAUGAAAAGGCUUUCGAUCUCAAGAAACUUCAAGAAGAGUUCUAUAAUAAUACAAUAAAUGUAGCCUCCCCAAAAGCUUUUAGGGGCAUAGACAGUGAUGCUGCUAGUAAUUUACCUUCCAAAAUUAAGUCGCCUGCACCCGUACCCAGUCGACGACUGUCUACUGCAGCUGAUGUUUCCAAGAAUGUGAGUCCUGCAAGUCACAGCAGACCUGUCCUAGAUAUGGAUGGUCCCAGAGAGCAGCCUUUAAAAGAGCUUCCUGAGAUCAGAGAGAUACAGAAAGAAGGACAUAGUUCGAGUCCAAGCUUUUCUGAAAGACAAAAGAUAUGGAAGGAAGAACUCGACAAAGAACUUGAGAUGGAAAGAGAGAGACUAGCAGAAAGAUUGCGGCAGGCAGGGGGGAAGACCUCAUCUCCAAACAAGCGGGUUCCUAGUCAACAGAGGGAACGAUUACCUUUUGCAUCCCCGCCUAAAUGAGUACAUGUUUUUUAAUGUCUCUGGCAAUGAUGCUUUGAGGAAGACGUGCUUGCCAGGAAAGCACGAAUGUAUCUAGCAGUAUUUUUGGUAAAGAAAGUUGUGUGUUAAAUAAUACUCCAUAUAGCGACCACCUAGCAGUCUUUCCAUGAAUAGCAGGUCUGCCAGUUGAUCAAUUGUAUCAGUCUUCUGGAGGGUGUGAAGAGACUGACAAAUCACAUCUUCAUUCAGUGUUUUGUAAUUUCUUACUUCUGCUUAAGCGCGAUUUGUAUGUUUUAUGCUGAAUACUAGGAUGUGAUAUUGAGUUUUUCUUUGGCGACGAUGAAGAUUUUAUAGCAAUGUAUAAAGGCAUUGAUAACGGUUGAAUGUAUAGUGGCUCCAGAAGUUGCUUGUUUGCUUAAAUCACUAAGCUUAAA